AUGGUUGGACGUUGUCGUCGAGGUGCGAACGUCAAUGUGGUUCCUGUCAAGCGUGAUCUUCGUGAUGUCAAAGUGGAUGAGUUGAGGAGGCAAGUGCGACAACUCCAACAACAACUUGAGCGUCUUCAAGCUACAAACCGUAAUGAGCAGUAUCAUGGUUCGGAAAUCCAUGAAGAGGAUGAGGAGGAGAAUCCUUUUCAUGAGGAGUCCGACUCAUCCAAUGAGAGGGCUUCUCUUCGACAUUAUGGUCAUGAAGACUAUAGUGUGAAAGUUGAUAUUCUCGACUUUAAAGGUCACUUGAAUCCGGAAGACUUUAUCAAUUUGUUGGCAACGGUCGAACUUGUUUUCAAAUACAAAAGCAUUCCGGAGGACAAGAAGGUUAAGUUGGUGGCCAUCAAGUUGAAGAAACAUUCCUCAAUUUGGUGGGAGAACUUGACGAGGCGAAGGGCUCGUGAACGGAAAAGGCAGAUUGCGACAUGGGAAAAGAUGAAGAGGGAACUAAAGAAAAAGUUCCUUCUCACCAAUUACGUGCAAGAUAUAUUUUGUCGCAUCUACGAUUUUAAGCAAGAUGAGCUAACCGCGGAGGAAUAUAUUGCUGAAUUCGAGCAGCUCUUGAUGAAAGGUGACGUAGUGGAGCCGGAGGAGCAAACUAUUGCUCGAUAUCUUAGUGGUCUUAGAUUCGAGAUUCGGAACAUCGUCCAACUACAGCCAUAUUGGACCUUUGAGGAUGUUGUUAAGUUGGCGGUUCGCGUGGAAAAGCAACUAAAGGAGAAAGGUGCUCACAAGAUCUUAGGUAAAGAAGGAGUUCUUAACCAAAUUGUUUCUCUCGUGGAGGAAGAUGAUGGAGAACCGAUCUAUGACUCCUAUCCUAGCAAGCAGAAUGAGGUUGAUCAUGAAGAGAUUACUAAUGGCGAUCAAGGAGAGGCUUUCGUUGUGCAACGCAUCUUAAGGGCUGACCAUGUGGAAGAUGACAAGUGGCUCCGUCAUAACAUCUUUCACACCCAGUGUACGUCGCACGGGAAAAUUUGUACGGUAAUUAUUGAUAGUGGGAGCUGUGAGAAUGUUGUUUCCACUACUAUGAUGGAAAAGUUGCAGCUCACGGUGGAGAAACAUCCCGAGUCAUACAAGCUCUCUUGGCUCAAGAAAGGUAACGAUGUUUGCGUCGACAAACGUUGUUUGGUCCAAUUCUCGAUUGGACGACACUACAAGGAUGAGGUUCUUUGCAACGUGGUUCCUAUGGAUGCAUGCCAUCUACUCCUUGGAGGGCCUUGGCUAUAUGAUCAAAGAGUUAUUUAUGAUGGGUUCAAGAACACUUAUUCCUUUGCCAAGGAUGGUGUUGAAAUCACCUUGGGACCUUGUAAAAUGGAGAAUAAAUCAAGUCCUCGAAUGGAGAUGGGAGUUCACUUCUUUCCAAGUCUCAAUUUCUUCAUAUAA